GAUUGUCUAGGGUUUGACGAAGAAGCAAGUUUCUCCCUCCGCCAUGAAUUCACGGGGAUGCAACGUCUCGGAGGAUCCUCAAACCAUCUGUCCUAGCAGCUCACAACUUAGCGCAAUUGAUGAUUUAUUACUGAAGUUACCAAUCGAUCUUAUCGUCGAGAUAUUCUCGAGGUUGCCGUUGAAGUCUAUAUCGAGAUGUCGUUGCGUAUCUAAGCGGUGGGCCUCCUUUCUUCGCCGUUGUGAUUUCACGGAGUUGUUCUUGACCAAAUCUUUGGCUCGCCCGCAGCUUUUGUUCGCCUGCCGAACACAGAGGGAGACGGAGUUGCUCUUCUUCUCUUCACCUCAGCUUCAACAUCCUGAUGAGAACUUGUCUACUAUAACCGCCGAUCAUCAAGUGAGUUUCCCCUUUGAGAGCGUCUAUGAUAUAUCUAGUCCUGUCAAUGGCUUUGUCUGUAUACGAGAUGAUUUGAUGUUAAAAGAUAGGAAGACCCAAGAGCUUGUGUCGGUGAUAUGUAACCCUAGCACGAGACAAUGCUUUCCUUUACCCAAAAUGAAUAUUGAUCCACUAGUGAAAAAGAGUACUCCGGUGAGAAGCUUUUUAGGGUAUGAUCCCAUUGAGAAACAAGACAAGGUAUUGGCAAUGAUCAAACGAUAUGAUACAGUUGUGGAUCAUCAAGUUCUCACAUUAAGAGGCUCCGGGAACCUGACAUGGAGAAAGGCUGAAUGUGGCAUACCCCAUUUUCCUCCGAAUCCAGACUCUAUUUGCAUCGGCGGUGUUUUGUAUUACGCUGCUAGAGCUUCCAGUGGUGGUUAUAUGAUAGUUUGCUUUGAUGUCAGAUCUGAGAAGUACAGCUUUGUUAAAUUCACGGAAAGAGAAAAGUAUUUUGCAACUCUGAUAAACUUCCAAGGUAAAUUGGCUUCGCUAAUGGCGCAUCCCAACCCCCUUUUUAUUAGUGGAACAAGUACAAGUUUUGAGAUGUGGAUUCUACGAGACCCUGAAAAACAUGGAUGGUAUCCACGUAUAUUCAAUUUACCUCCUACGUGGAAGGAUGUAGUUGGAGGGGAGGAGUUAUUAUUUAGAGGAGUGACUGCUACAAAUGAAUUUGUUUUGUCCUGCAACUGCAAAUCUUCAUCCGAGCCUUUCCAUGUUUACUACUACAAUUUCAUCAUGGAAACUAUAACCAGAGUUGAAAUCCAAGGAAUGGGAGCGUUUGAGAGGGGUUCUAUAGUUGGCAUAUUUCCAAACCAUGGAGCAGAUGUGAAGCUUGUGUAAUUGUUUUUGAACUUAAUAGCAUAGGCUGGAUCUAAAGUUCUCAUCUUGAAGAUCUUAAUGAAAGCCCUUAUCUUUUCCACUGAUUUUGUGUUGUUGUAACUUAUUUCCCAUAUCUGUUGUUCAGUGGCUCAUGCACACACUAUGGAGCAAUGAUUGUCCUAAAUUAUGUUUUUGAAUUCACUUCCAGACAAUAGCUAUGUAUUGUUUUACGUUUGAAAUUGGUCUGUACAUUG